CAAUGACCAGCGCCCGUCCCUCGGGUCACGACUGGAGCCGGAAACCCAGCGCAGAGGAGGAAGAGGAUCCCCUCGACCAGAUGAUCUCCCGCACCGGCUGCGCGGCUUUCCAUUACGCCGUGCAGGAGUGCAUGGCCGAGCACCAGGACUGGCGCAAGUGCCAGGAGCAGGUGCAGAGCUUCAAGGACUGCAUGAGCAAACACCAGAAGCAGCGGGCGGAAGAGCUGCGGAGGCUACGCCAGGCCACGAGCUGACGGGAGAACAAGCCGGGCUGCCACCUUCCACGGCUCCAGACGAAAUAAAUCCAAAGUGGGCGGAAGCCGUCUUCUAGGGGCACCGCUUCCCGUUUCCAAGCAGGGGCCUGCUCUCCCCCUGUGGACAGUGGAGGGCACAAUUGCAGCGGCCAGGUACUCAGGGCACUGAGUCGUUUUUAUAAAACCAGAAGCGUGAAUCCCGUUU